UGAGCGGCCUAACACAUGGAAGAUACAUGCUGAGACUUCUGAAAGAAUCCUCAGCUGCCAAGCGGGUCGUCUCCACGUCUGCACGUGCUGAACAGAGUGCCGCAGUACUCAACGUCGAUGGUUUAAGUUUGGAACAACAGUGCCCCUUACGUAGCACGAUGGACUCCCUGGAGAGUUUAAUCAAACCCUCUGAAACGAAAGACGCAGUACAACCACAAAGACAGGAAUAUGAGCCACAACCCUUUGAGGCAAUACCAGGACCCAAAGGCUUACCGUUCUUCGGAACGAUCUUUGACUACUUCAAGAAAGAUGGCCUCCGUUUUGAUAAAAUGUUUGAGGCCUACCGACAACGAUCUCUCGAAUUUGGACCUAUCUACAAGGAGAAAUUCGGACCAAUCACAAACGUGGUGAUCAGUGACCCGGAAGUAUACCAGAAGGUUAUCAGGUCAGAGGGCAAGACGCCAAUUCGUCGUGAGAUGGAGCCUAUGGCAUUCUACAGAACAAAGAAAGGCAUCGGUCUUGGUCUCGUCAACUCGCAAGGCGAGGAGUGGCACAGAUAUCGGAAAGUGGUCAGCAAGAAGAUGUUGAAACUGAAGGAGGUGACAGACUUCUGCAAGCCAAUGAACGAUGUCGGGGACGACUUCGUAGCAAGACUGAGAGACGUUAGCGACGCCACGUCCAAGGAGGUCCCCGAGCUUGAGAAGGAACUGUUCAAAUGGGCAAUGGAAUCAAUCGGCACCUUCCUGUUUGAGGAGCGCAUCGGGUGUCUCAGUAGUCAGCCCCAUCCCGAGGCCAAGUCCUUCAUCGACAACCUGCAGGGCUUGUUCAAGUUGAUGCAGCCCCUCAUGUACAAUCUUCCCAUAUACAAAGCCUUCCCUACCAAACUGUGGAAGCAGUACGAAUCAUACUCGGAUAACGUCUUAGAAUGCGGCAGAUACUUUGUAGAUAAGAAAGUGAAAGCUUUACAAAGCUCAAUGGCUGAUGAGAACGGUCAAGAGAAGGGCGCCUUCCUCACCUACCUCCUUUCCCAGCAAUCCCUGUCGCCGGAAGAGGCCGCGGAAACAGCAGUUGACCUCAUGAUGGGUGCCGUGGAAACGACGUCGAAUGCUACAGUAUGGUGCUUGUACAGCUUGGCCAAGAACCCCGAGGUGCAACAGAAGCUGUACUCAGAGAUCAACAAGGUGCUGCCCCAUAACGCUGAAAUAACACCCAAGACGCUCACACAGUUACCAUACGUCAAAGCCGUUCUCAAGGAGACGUUUAGAUUAUAUCCAAUCACAUUUGCCACAAGCCGAAUUGUGCCAAACAAAAUGGAAGUUGGAGGUUUCGAGAUCCCUGCUGGGACACAUGUGCAGGCCAAUCUUUUCGGGAUGUUUCGUAACCCAGAGCUCUACUCCGAACCAGAGAAAUUUCAACCCGAAAGAUGGUUGCGUGGCAACACAGACAACAACCAGAAAGCUCUAUCUAACCUAAUCUGGGGCCAUGGUGCUCGCAUGUGCAUUGGACGUAGAUUCGCCGAACAGGAGGUUCAUUUAGCCUUAACAAAGAUCAUCCAGAACUUCAAGCUAGAGUAUCACCACGAGGAUCUAGAACCUGUUCUCAACACUGUGAUGACCCCAGACCGACCCGCCAAGAUCAGCUUUGUCCCCAGGCAAUCAACAUAGACAAAGACGAAGCUAUACUGCUUUCAACUCAGUGACAUGUUUACUCAGCUGCUGCUGCCAGACGUUUCAAACUCCUAAUCACGCUCGUACAGCUUCCAUGUUCAUGGUUAAUACUUAGUUGGUUAUGAGUACAUUUGGUUUUGAGGUUAGUUUUUACUUUCAAUCUGACCGUCUGAUGAAGCCAAGUACUACAUGAUACCUUAAAGGGAGUAAUGCAGGUGCUUCGAUGUCGCUGUGCCUUGCUUUUUGUUGCAAUAAUGUGGUGCGGUAUCGUUGCACUGUGCUUAAAGUUGCAGCAUCAUACUUUGGUAUCGUUGUACUGUGC